AGGGAAUCGGUGAAUAGGACUACGGUUCCCGGUCGACUUUCGCUGUUGAUACAGUCUUCCCUCCUGUCUCCGCCGCAGAAGUAUUUGCUCAAUGUCUAAAUCGAGGCUUCCCGCGCAACACUUUGCUGUUUGUUCACCACAGAGGUACCCACUACUGCUGUUGCAGCAGUGGUAACGUGUGUGUAUAAUGAACUCUCAGCCCCUUGGUGUAGAUGACCAAGUAGUGCGCUCACUUUCGUUUCCGCUGACCGUUGAUGAUCUCCCAAAUCUCCGAAUCCAGAUUUCCGCUCGAAGUCCACAGACGGUUGUUGUAGUCCACAGCAAUAGGAUGUCUUGACUUCCGUCGUGACGUCCGCAGCUCCUAGUGUUCGUGUAAAGCGAGGUUCAUAACUUCACAGAAUGUGGCGUCCUGCAGCAGCGGAGGUGGUGGUGCUGCUGUAGCUCGUAGACUUUGUAGUCUACCACAGAGGUUACACUGCUGUCACCGCUCUAUCACAGAGGUUGGUCUACACUGCUGUGAGAUCGGUAGGCCCGAGCGAGCUCUGGAAAGAGAAAUGUAGAUAGAUUUUCUUAUCAACUGACUCCCUGGCUUUGAUGGGUGCUAGAUGAGAGUGAGCACAAGGGGCGAAGGCGCGCUUGUGUCUCAUCUCAACAACAAAAC